GGAAAGGGUUUGAUCAUGCUUCUGCAUGGCGCCCCCGGCGUCGGAAAGACAUCCACGGCAGGUACAUGGAAAGAAUGCGUGGCGGCGCUCCAUGCACGGCCAUUAUUUCCCAUCACCUGCGGUGAUCUGGGGAUGACUCCAGCGGAAGUCGAAACCAAUCUGGACUUCAACUUCCAGCUCGCAGAAUCGUGGGGUUGCGUUUUGUUGCUUGACGAGGCAGACGUCUUCUUAGCUGAGAGGACCAAGUCGGACGUAAAGCUUUUCUUGCGCGCCCUGGAGUACUAUCGCGGCAUCCUAAUUCUGACGACGAACCGAGUUGGGACUAUAGAUGAGGCCUUCAGGUCGCGGAUUCAUAUCAGCUUGCUUUACACGCCUCUCUCCUGGGAUCAGACCCACGCUAUCUGGUCGAGCCAUUUGGAACGUUUGAUCAGCCAGGGUCGCGCCAUCACAGACAAAGUCAUCAUCCUAGCCUACGCUCAGGAGAUUUGGAGUAAGCAAGUGGCAAGGUAUAAGGUCGCCUGGAACGGACGCCAGAUACGCAACGCUUUCCAGACGGCAGUUGCUUUGGCGGAAUAUGAGCACGUGGGCGCUAGCAACCAGGCGAAUACCCCAACGAAGCCAGUGCUUGAACGUCGGCAUUUCGAAGUUGUUGCUGAUGCCUCAGUGGAAUUCGAUCAGUACCUCCAGUCAACGCUUGGUGCAACAGCACCACAUUAUGCCCGG